GUUAGAUCGCUCAUCCGGCGAUUGUUACCAAGGAUGGAACGCCAUCGAAUGUACACGUUGGCUCUACCUUUGGAAAAGUACUGUAACGGGCUGUACUUACAGCAUCGGAGUAUUGCAGAGCCAAGGAUGACGGCAGAAACUGCAGCGCCUUCUGUUCAAGGGGUCCAAACUGGUGUGAUGGUGGGACAGAGUAAUUCAUUGAGUCAAUCACAUCAGCAGCAGAUCACCAAAAAUGUCAGCAAUAGUAACAAUUCGUCCUCCAAUAGAUCCUCAGGAUCAUCAUCGUCUGGGGUCUCCAGUUCUUCGCUGAAUUCGGGGGUUUAUGACAUUGAAUAUGCAAGAAUGGAGGCCUGGCUGGAUGAACAUCCCGAUUUUGUCAACGAUUAUUUUCUCAGAAAAGUAACAAGACAAACGGUGGAUGAGUGGCUGGUUACGCACGCAACACCGACCUCUUCAUCGGGCAAUUCCAUGCUGGACAUGUCGAAUCAGAGUAAUUCAGGGUGUAAUAGUGGGUCAAUGAAUUCACCUGGGGGAAGAGGCAGUGGAGGCAGUGGAAAUAGUGGGAGUGGUAAUGGGGGUGGAUCCGGUGCUACAACACCAGUCAGAAAAAUUUCCGCUCAUGAGUUUGAGAGGGGUGGAUUACUUAAACCUAUUGUUAAUACUAUCGAUGGUACACCAACAUUUUUGAGUAUUUCGCCGGAGGAUUCUGGUCAGCCUGGAGGUGGACAGCAGGUGGGACCUGGAGGAGCUAAUCGACCGCAGAGAAGGUCGAGACAUGAACUCAGACAACUCGACGAAAAGGAUCUCAUAUUUGAAUUGGUCAAAGACAUUUGCAACGAGUUGGACGUACGCUCCCUCUGUCACAAAAUUCUCCAGAACGUGAGUACUCUCCUCCACGCCGACCGGGGCUCAUUAUUUCUCGUCCAGGGUGAACGCGCCUGCACCGGAAAUACCACCCGACAACCACCAAACUCCAACAAUUGUGAUACUAAAAGGAAUACAAUGCAAAGUGAAAACCAAAAUAGUCAUACAACCGUGAAUUGUACAAGAACAAGAUGCCUCGUUUCUAAGCUGUUCGACGUUUGCUCGAGGUCUACACUCGUGGAGAUGGAGAAGAAGGAUGAAAUUAAAAUACCGUGGGGAACGGGAAUCGUGGGAUAUGUUGCUGAGAGUGGAGAACCAGUGAAUAUACCUGAUGCAUAUAAGGACGGAAGAUUUAAUCGUGAGAUAGAUGCUCUAACUGGGUAUAGAACACGAGCGCUUCUCUGCAUGCCUAUUAAGGACUGCAGUGGUGACGUGAUUGGUGUUGCCCAAGUUAUCAAUAAACUUGGUGGUGAAGCACAGUUCACAACUCAAGAUGAAAAAAUCUUCGCUAGUUACCUUCAGUUUUGUGGUAUUGGACUUAGAAAUGCUCAGCUGUACGAGAAAAGUCAGCUGGAGGUCAAGAGAAACCAGGUCCUCUUAGACUUGGCUAGGAUGAUUUUUGAAGAGCAAAGCACGAUAGAGCACAUGGUGUACAGAAUUUUGACGCACACGCAGUCACUUAUUCAGUGUCAACGUGUUCAGGUACUUCUCGUCCAUAAAGCGUCAAAGGGCAGUUUCUCCAGAGUUUUUGAUUUUGAAGCUAAUGAUCUCACUGUGGAAGAUACUGACUCACGAACGAGCCCGUUCGAGAGCAGAUUUCCAAUGAAUGUUGGAAUAACUGGAUACGUAGCAACAACAGGCGAGACAGUAUCAAUUCCAAAUGCAUACGAGGAUCCACGAUUCGAUGCAUCAGUUGACGAGGGCACUGGGUUUCGGCACAAAACUAUUUUAUGUAUGCCGAUUAAAAAUUCAUCGGGACAGAUUAUUGGGGUCAUUCAGUUGGUGAAUAAGUUUGACGAUUUGGUAUUUACGAAGAAUGACGAGAACUUUGUCGAGGCGUUCGCUAUUUUUUGCGGAAUGGGAAUUCAUAAUACACACAUGUAUGAGAGGGCGAUAAUAGCAAUGGCCAAACAAAGUGUUACUUUGGAUGUAUUGAGUUAUCACGCCUCAGCCUCUCUGGAGGACGCACAAAAGUUGAGGCAGGCCUUAAGGGUACCCUCGUCAGCUUAUCUUGAGCUUCACGAUUUCAAAUUUGAUGACAUCCAGAUGAAGGAUAAUGAAACUCUCACCGCUUGCUUAAGAAUGUUCUUAGAUCUUGACUUCGUUGAAAGAUUUCACAUUGACUAUGAAGUCCUCUGCCGAUGGCUGCUGAGCGUUAAAAAAAAUUAUCGUAACGUUAUUUAUCAUAAUUGGAGACAUGCAUUUAAUGUUGCACAGAUGAUGUUCGCAAUUUUAACAGCAACACAGUGGUGGAAAAUUUUCGGGGAGAUUGAGUGCUUAGCCCUAAUGAUCGCCUGCCUUUGUCAUGAUCUCGAUCACCGAGGGACGAACAAUUCUUUUCAAAUAAAGAUAUCAUGAAUCGAGAAAAGGAGGAUCAAUUGCCCGUGAUGCAAGUCGGCUUCAUCGAUUCCAUAUGUCUUCCCAUUUAUGAGGCUUUUGCAUUGCUGUCGGACAAGCUGGAGCCACUAGUCGAGGGCGUGAUAGAGAAUAAACAUAAAUGGCUGGAAAUUGCUGAGAACACGUGUGCAACUGGAAAUUGCACGAAUCACGACAGGACAUCAACAGAAGACUCGAAAAAUGAAGAUACCAACCGGGAAACAGUUGCUAUCGAGUGAUUUCAAUAAUUUGCUGCAUUGAUUUGAUAUUAUUUAUUUGCAAUUGGAUAAAUCGAUUCGAAUCACGAAUUUUUAUAGUAAUUUCGCUUAAACCGAAUGUGCAGAAAAAAAUCUUCACUGUCGAUGCGCAUUUUGUAGACACUUUGAAGGAGAAAAACUAUGAAUUACCGCAGUACCUGAUCGCAUUUGAAAUAGUUUGAUCACUCUCAUAGUGCACAUCGGAAGCAGAACAAGAAAAUGGAUAAAAUAACAAAACCACAAAAGCCCCGUAGUACAUACGAUUACGCAUAUCCGUUUCCUCUUAUGUACACAUUAAAACCAGGCGUUUAUAAAAAGAAGAAAAAGAUAAAAAGACAUAUUUAUUGGCAUUAUCGACUAUCCGCCAAUGGUUUGAAAUAUGUCCCAUCAUUUUUUUUUUAAUACCAAAGUAUCAACAUUUUUCUGUUCUCAAUUGAAUGAAAUUGAAGGCACUUUUCUUUCAAUUGUUGCAUUGAUUAACGAGAAUUAUCUAGUGAAUAACAUUAUAUUUAUCAUUACGCAAUUGAGUGUGAUUACGUAAAAUACUUGAAGCAAUUCGUUGAAUCGAAAUUGAGUAAUAUCAAGUGAUGAACAAUGAGGAGAGAAAUAUUAAAUGAAGUUAUCGAACCAGUCAUUGAUGGAUAGGGGUUUAAAUGUCUCAAUUAACGGGACUGUCACAAGCACAUGAAACCCAAAACGACAAUGACCACGUGUAUCGAAUAAAGACUGAUUGGCGAUGAGGCACGCGGUGUGACAACCCAACCGCGUUUGUAUCGAUUUGGGUUCCAACCGCUCAACCAUAUCUCUUCCCUCAUCCUCUUACCAACUUUCCACGUAUAUGUAAUAAUAUCUCGCAACUAUUCCGUCAAUCAAAUUGACGAGGCGAAUCUCUGGGACCCAAUUUUUUAGACUAUCUUUAUUUUAACCCAAAUUUAUUUUCUAUAAUAAAAUUUGACAUUAAGCGACAACUCUUGCAAUUCUUGAACAAAAUGAGUGUCUCGGAAAAAUUGGAGAAAUUCGUAACUACCAUUAUCCCUCGUAAUGCCAAGUGGAUUUGUAUUAGGUCAAGCUUCGAGGUGGUAAUUUUACCUUUAGAAUGUAAAUCAUGGAAAGAGCACCUAAUACAAUCGAUUAAGUUAUUUAUGUUGAGUACAUUUUAGGAUGUAAAAUUAUUCAAUCAUGUUUAAGCACAAGAGAAAUCUGUAUAUUGUAUAUGAAACGAUAUCUAAUAUAUUUCAGAAUCUAGAUAUUA